AUGAAAGUCACAAUCAGAUUAUCCACUGAAUCAUCGUUCCAAGUCACCAUCCCCGACAACUCAACAGUCGAAGAUUUGAGAAACAGCGUUAAAGUUGCAUCACCAUCCCCACUCCCCAAAGAUUUCAAGUUGAUAUUUAAUGGGCAGAAACUACAACCACACAACGAACCGUUGUCGUCAUUGGACAUGAAACCAGAGAAUGAGUCCAUACAAGUUAUAUUGAUGGCACAAAGCACAGACACUCCACCAAUAUCGCCGCAAGUUUCGUCCAACAACCUCGCAUCGAUCACUUCUACGUCUUCGUCCUCCACCACUUCCACCGCAAUCAAAAAGACCAAGAAAAAGAACAAGUGUUCUUUCAAAUCAUGCAAUUCCGCACCUUUGAGAAUGGUUGGCACUUGCUCCCAUUGUCAAGGUAAAUUUUGUGCCAAACAUAGAUUAUUGGAGGACCAUAUGUGCAUUGGUCUUCAGUAUUGCAAGGAUGACGCACACGAGUCAAAUGCUAUGAAGUUGCAAAAUGAAAGUACAAUUGCAAGUAGGGUUUAG